GCCGUGCGGGAGCCAUGGCGGCCACGGAGGCGGCGGCGGCCGAGUCUGAGGGUCCGGCCCCGGGUGUCCCGGCCACGCCGGCGAGCACGCGGGGAGCCGCCGCCGCCUCUAGCCCGUGGAGGCCGCCCGAGUCGCGCAGCCGACCGAGACCGGCCAGGGCUCGGGCCGCGGCCCCGGUGCCACCGGCCCGGGAGCUGAUCCAGCCGUCGGUGAGCGAGCUGUCCCGGGCUGUGCGCACCAAUAUCCUGUGCACCGUGCGCGGCUGCGGCAAGAUCCUGCCCAACAGUCCCGCUCUCAACAUGCACCUCGUCAAGAGCCACCGGCUGCAGGAUGGCAUAGUAAAUCCAACAAUAAGAAAAGAUUUGAAAACUGUACCAAAAUUCUACUGUUGUCCAAUCAAAGGAUGUCCUCGCGGCCCCGACCGACCAUUUUCUCAGUUUUCUCUGGUUAAACAGCACUUUAUGAAAAUGCAUGCAGAGAAGAAGCACAAAUGCAGUAAGUGCAGUAAUUCCUACGGCACCGAGUGGGACCUGAAAAGACAUGAAGAGGAUUGCGGCAAGACCUUCCAGUGUACGUGCGGCUGUCCCUACGCCAGCAGAACUGCGCUGCAGUCUCACAUCUACCGAACUGGCCACGAGAUCCCUGCAGAGCACAGAGACCCACCUAGUAAAAAAAGGAAAAUGGAAAGCUACCUGCAAAACCAAAAGUUGUCCAGUAAAACCACUGAACCACUGAGCGACCAACCAGCCCCUCGCCAAGAUGCUCCUGAACCAGAUGCCUCGGAAGUAAAGCUAGCAGCAUCACUUGAAGACUCUUGUAGCUCCCACACCAAAAAGCAGAGCAUCUCGACGCCUCCCAGGUGUCCCCAGAAGUUGCUGUUACCAAAGCCUAAGGUGGCUCUGGUUAAACUUCCGGUCGUGCAGUUUUCCCCUAUGCCUGUCUUUGUGCCUACAGCAGACUCCUCGGCCCAGCCCGUGGUGUUAGGCAUGGAUCACAGUUCUGUGGCUGGUGCUGUGCACUUAGUACCCUUGUCGGUAGGAACCUUGAUCUUCAGCCUGGAUUCAGAGGCCUGCUCUCUGAAGGAGAGCCUACCUCUCUCAAAGAUUACCAGUCCUGUUGUUGAGCCAACGAACACAGGUGUUCAAGUGAGCGUGGGUAAAAGUCUGUGUAGUCCUUUACAAGAGGUAGGGAGUGCGUGUCAGAAGACCAGCAUUUCCUCAAGCAACGUGCAGACGGAUCUGACCUAUGCCUCAGCCAACUUGAUACCCUCUGCUCAGUGGCUCGGCCCUGAUUCCUCUGUGUCAUCGUGUUCUCAGACUGACCUGUCGUUUGAUUCUCAAGUGUCCCUUCCUGUUAGUGUCCACACCCAGACGUUGGUGCCCAGCUCUAAGGUCACUUCAUCCAUAGCUGCUCAGACAGAUGCAUUUAUAGACGCCUGUUUCCAGCCUGGUGGGGUCUCCAGGGAAACCCAGACCAGCAGGAUGCAGAACUGCACAAACGACUCAGUGCCAGUGGGCCACACUGGCCUGUGUGGGGACAUUUUUGAAAGCGUCCAUGCGUCAUACAGUGUGCCCACUGACACCAUCAUGAGUAGCAGCUUAGUUGCAGAGACAGUAACUCAUGGUCUGCUACCUCAGAAUGACCCUAAGAUCUUAAGGCAAGUCAUGGAAAAGUCUGCACCCGUGUUAAACUUCAGUGCCCAGAACAACGUGCUUCCUGCACAAACCAUGACAGAUAAUCAGACCCAAACCAUAGAUCUACUGAGUGACUUGGAAAACAUCUUGUCAAGUAACCUGCCAGGUCAAACACUGGAUAACCAGAGUCUCUUGUCCCACACAAAUCCUGGGCCUGAUGCCCAGCUCCCAGCCGGCUCAGCGCAGAAUUCUGGGAUUGAUUUUGAUAUUGAAGAGUUCCUCUCAGCCUCCAAUAUCCAGACUCAGACUGAGGAGAGUGAGCUUGGCUCCAUGAGCACUGAGCCGGUCCUGGAGUCCCUGGACAUCGAGACACAGACUGACGUCUUCCUCUCAGAUCCCUCCGCACAGCCCUAUGGGUUUAGGGCAGGGUCAGGCUUCUUGGGCCUUGAGAUGUUUGAUACACAGACACAAACAGACUUAAACUUCUUCUUAGACAGUAGUCCUCCCCUGCCCCUGGGCAGCAUCCUGAAACACUCCAGCUUCUCCAUGAGUGCCGACUCCUCCGACACAGAGACCCAAACCGAAGGAGCCUCCACAGCUCCGCACGCACCUGCUCUGGAGAGCAAGGUCCAGUUGAGCAGCACAGAAACACAGACCAUGAGUUCUGGCUUUGAGCCCUUGGGGAACUUGUUCCUCACCAGCAACGAAACUCAGACAGCAAUGGAUGACUUCCUUCUAGCCGAUCUGGCCUGGAAUACGAUGGAGUCCCAGUUUAGCUCUGUGGAAACCCAGACGUGCGCAGAGCUGCACGCUGUCUCCAGCUUCUGAAGGUGCAGCCAGGCAUCCCUGCUCCUUGUGGGUUUAGAACAUGGGCUCAAGGACAUCGGCACCAACUAGGGAUGUAGUCAGUGGGGCAGCUGUUUAGAUUCUCUUCAGUUCUUGGUGUUUUGUACUCGUGACCACAAGAUUGGUGUGCAAAUGUGAGUGUAUUAUAAAGUGUAAAGUGUUGAUCU